AUGACGUUGAAUCUAUCAAAAGUCAAAGAUGUUUAUUUUGAAGUGAUGUUUCAGUCACAAACGGACUCAACCAAUUCAUCAACUGAUACUUUUUCAAAUAACAAAUCUCCAAAAGUGUUACUUUUAGAUAAUAUUACAACUUCAUUUAUAUCGCUUUGUUAUACUCAAUCUCAAUUGUUAUCAAAUGAUAUUAUAUUGGUAGAAUUAAUUGAAUCACAACAAAACCUCACAACUAUGAAACAUUUGGAUUGUAUAGUAUAUAUCAAUCCUAAUUUAGAAUCGAUCAAAUUAUUAUUAUCUGAACUUCGAUCUCCACAUUAUAAAAAAUAUUAUGUUUAUUUUAAUAAUGUAAUUGGUAAAAAUCAUAUUGAACUGAUUGCAGAAGCAGACGAGUUUGAAGUAAUUGAAAAAAUCAUUGAAUUAUUUGAAGAUUAUUAUAUUUUAAAUAAUGAAUUAUAUCUUUUAAAAAAACCUACUAUUAAUUUACCAAAUCCAGUCGUUGCUGAAGCUGAAGGUUUAACCAGUUUACUUUUGGCUUUGAAAAAGACACCAAUAAUAAAAUAUGACUCAAAUUCGAUUGAAUUAAAACGACUAAGUUCUGAAAUAUUAUACAUUAUAAAUUCAAAUUCAAAUAAUAAUUUAUUUGAUGAUUUAAAUCGUCGAUCAGAUGUACCUCCAGUUUUACUUUUAUUGGAUCGUAAAAAUGAUAUAAUAACACCUUUAAUGACACCAUGGACUUAUCAGUCAAUGAUUCAUGAAUUUUUAACAAUUGACAAAAACGUAGUGGCAUUACCUGAUAAUCAAAUUGUUCUUGGUGAUGAUGAUCCAUUUUUUAAUCAAUCAUUAUUUUUAAAUUAUGGAGAUUUAAAUGAUAAUUAUCAAAAAUAUUUUGAAAAAUAUAAACUUGAAACAAAGCAAUCUUCAAUAAAUAAUGAUCAAUUAUUAAAUAUAUCAGAAUUGAAAAAAACUUUAACUAAAUUUCCUGAAUUUCAAAAAUUUUCAACAAACAUUGGAACUCAUGUGAAUUUAAUAUCUAAAAUUGAUGAAGAAUUGAAAAAGCAACAUUUAUGGGAAAUUGGAGAAUUACAACAAACAAUCAUAUGUGGAUUAGAAAGUCAAUCUAAUAUUAAAACUACAUUAUUGGAAGUUUUACAAAAUAAAAAUAUUUCAACAGUUAAUAAAAUCAAAUUGAUUUUGUUAUAUACUUAUAAAUUUCAUGAAUCUUCAAAUGAUUUAAAUUUAUUUAUUUCAAAAUUAAAUGAACCUUCAUUUACACAAGAACCUCCUGCUCCUGAACAAAUACAUUUAAUAAAGAACUUUAAUGUAUUAUUUGACAUGGAAGAUAGUAAAAGAAAUCAACAACAUCAGCAAUCAUCACAAGAUCAACCAUUCAAUAACAAUAUUACAAAAAAUAUAAAUCAACAAGGACUUGCCAAUUUAUUUUCAAAUAAUAAAGUAAACUUUAAAAAGUUUUUCAAUAAGAAUGAAACUCCAGAAAAUGAUAAUGUUUAUUUACAAUAUACUCCAAAAUUAAAAACAACAAUUCAAAAUUUAUUAAAUCCAGAUUCAAAUGCUAGACCUAAUUCAUUUUUUCAAACUUUAAUUCCAGAAAAAGUUAAACAACAAUAUGGUAAUAAUUCAUCAAAUAAUUCAAUUCAAGAUUUAAUUAUAUAUAUUAAAGGAGGGGUAACUUAUGAAGAAUAUAGAAUUAUAAAUGAAUUAUCAAAAUUAAAUCCAAAAUUAAAUAUAAUUAUUGGAGGUGAUGAAAUUUUAAAUAGUGAAAAAUGGUUAAAUAAAUUAUAUGAAUUAAAUCAAUCUAAACAAAUUAAUUCAAAUAGUACUAAUGUUUCAAAUUCUGAAUUUUUAAGUGAUGGAAUUGAUAGAAGAACAGCUUUACGUGAUAUUUUAUAG